AUGUUCUUACUUCUAUUUCCUUUACUGGAGAUAGUCGGGGCAUCGAGAAAAUUGGCUGUCCAUAAGACUUGGACUUCGGCAAAGUCUGGCAGUCAGUUCUUUGCUGAGAUUGACGGUUAUCCAGAGUACAAAAGAGGCGUCGUUAGCCCGAGAUGCGAUGUUGAUGUACUAGUCGCGGUAGAAACCGGCUGCUGCUUGCAAGAAGCCAAACUUAGACAGAUUAAAAAUGUUCUCAAAGACUUCGCGACAAGUUUACACGAAUCAAUCGACGGAGAAGAUCAUGGGCUUAGACUUUCAAUGAUCAGCUUCGGAGACCACACGAAAUCACACCUUUCUUUCAACGACUCCUCAGAGCGAGCUUUCAAAGCGGCCGUAGACGAGCUGGACCUCUUCGGCGAACCGGUGCAGUUCAACCAACUAUUCAAUGAUCUUCCAAAUCACACGAAAAACUACAGACAAAGUGCUCGAAAAACAAUUGUUCUCUUUACAGAUGGAAACGGAGUCGACGCUCCUAACUUUGAAAUUCUCGAAGAUCAUGAACGCGAAGUCGACUUUGACCUCCUCGGCGUCACAUUCUCGAAAAUGUGCGAUGGAGAGCGAACGCUUCCGAAGAACCUCGAUCGUCAUUGUCCGAAUAGAGAGUUUUUCGAAAACAUCGGCACUUUUUAUGAACUCACUGGACACGAAGUGGCGAUGCAACUUCGAGAGCAACUUUGCGCUCCGGUAAUUGUGACGGAUAUGAAAAUUGACACUGGUUUUCCAAUUCAAUUUCACGAAAUUGCGCAAGAGGGAUUGCCUGGUCUCGAUGGUCCACCUGGUAAAGAUGGAAAAGACGGUCGGCCAGGGCGUCAAGGACAGCCCGGCAAAGACGGGAGAGAUGGUCUUCCUGGGCCAAUGGGAUUUCCUGGUAAACAAGGCGACAGAGGAAAUCCUGGUAAGCAUGGUGCUCGUGGCGCUACUGGAGAACAAGGGCCCAGAGGAAAGGUUGGCGAACGAGGACCGCCAGGACAAGCGGGAAAUUCUGGGACUGACAAAGUUGGACCCAGAGGUGAAGAAGGACCAGAAGGACCCCCUGGUACGCCGGGAGAAAGGGGCUUCCGCGGAAAUCCAGGCAAAGACGGAAAAGCAGGCGAGCCAGGCGAAGAUGGAAAAACUGGUCCUUCUGGAAAACAAGGACCUCAGGGACCCGUCGGAGACGCUGGCGAAGAUGGUGAGCCAGGAUUUUGCCCAGAAGGUAUUUCCCUUCAGCAUGGAGCGCCCGGAGCUCCAGGUAUUCCAGGGCAAAGAGGAAUCGAUGGCUUCGACGGUCAAGAUGGCACAGAUGGAGAGAACGGCGAAGCUGGUGCAGAAGGUCCUCGAGGCUCCCCAGGUGCGCCUGGCCCAGUGGGUCUUGAUGGCGAAGCAGGCAAAGAUGGUGAACCUGGUCAUGAUGGUCUUGAUGGAGCUCGUGGGAAAGAAGGACCCUCUGGUGGAGAAGGCGAAGUUGGACCUGUUGGUCGACCCGGACCAGUUGGUCUUCCAGGCGAUGCAGGAGCAGUUGGCGACGAAGGAUCCCCUGGACAAGCUGGUCUACAAGGCGAACAAGGACACUCCGGAGAAGACGGUCAAAGAGGUGUCCCCGGAAAAUGCGGAUUGCAUGGAUCACCUGGGAUCAAGGGGCCGCCUGGUAGGCAGGGAUCCGACGGCGAAAUAGGAGCUCAGGGUGCACAGGGUUGCCCGGGACCACGAGGACCCAUCGGAAAUCCCGGAAAUCCAGGUGUCAUUAAUCACGAAGAAGUUCAAGUUUUAGUCUUCCAAGCGAUUCUGGAGAUUUUCAAAGAAUGCGAUAAUCCACCCCCAACUACUGAAGACGUUAAAAACGACGAUAUCUUUCCGGCCGUUGCUCGCGGAGACAUCGUUGAACUUGUUUAA